GUAGUUUGACGUUUCACAUAACCAACAAUUGUAUACUUUAAAAAUAUUAAUAAUUUGUUGUAUUAAACAUUUAAAUUGAAAUUAAAAUAUGGAAUAAUUAAAUCUAAUGAUCUUACAAUACAGCACUACACAUUUCUCCACCAGUUCUUUUAAUUAUUGAGCAAAAAAGGAAGAGAAAUGAGUUUAAAAGGAAAUAUGCGGUAUAUGAAUCCAUAUGAUGUUCACAAGGCUCUUAUAAACGACUAUAUUUUAAAAAGACCUGGUGAUACAAAACUGUUAAGACGAGAUACAUCAAAAGACAGGAAUGAUUUUGAUAUUUUAAGAGAACACCAUAAAUUCUUAUGGGCUGAUAAGGCUCCUGAGACGUGGGAAGAGCAAUUUGCAAAGAAGUAUUAUGAUAAACUUUUCAAAGAAUAUAGUAUUGGAGAUUUAAGCAGAUACAAAGAGAAUAAGAUUGCAUUACGUUGGCGAACAGAACAAGAAGUUGUAUUAGGAAAAGGUCAGUUUAUUUGUGCAGAAAAAAAAUGCACCGAACAGGAGGAUCUAAGAAGUUGGGAAGUCAAUUUUGUUUAUCAAGAAGAGGGACAAAAGAAGAAUGCUUUAGUUAAAAUUCGACUUUGCCCAAACUGCUCAAGAAAAUUAAAUUAUUACACAAAAAAACGUGAGGUUCUUAAAAAGAAAAAUAAACUAAAAGUAAAAAAGGCCAGUUCAAUUAAGAAAGAUAACUUGCCUAAGGAAAGUAUUGAUAAUACCAAACAGUAUCCUAAGGCACAAACUAGCAAAACUGAUAUUGAAGAUAAAAAUAAUACACAGAAAGAGAGCUCAACUUGGGAGAAUCUACAGCCUGUAGAAAGCAAAUCUAGAGAGGAAGAGAUGGAAGAUUAUUUAAAUGAUCUGCUUUUGUAAAAUUUAGUUUAAGGAUUUUUUGUAUAGUUUCAGUUUAAACUUAAAAUAAAACUCAAAUCA